AAACGUAAUCUUUUUAAAAGAAAAUUUUAAUAUUUAUAAAGCAAUCGAGUCCGAUUUGUCUUUGUCAUAUACAGAAAUGGAGGUUAACAGACUUGACGCAAGAAGGAUUUGUAAAUUAUUAAUACUACUGAGCUUGUUCUUUAUGUCCAUUCAAACAUCACAUGGCAUCAAUCUUGGUCUGAUCGCUGGUGACUUAAAGAGGUCUGGACCUGGGCCUUUAGUAGUUCGAAAAGUAUCACACAACUCGCCAGUCAUCAUUAAUGUUAAUCCCGGAUUACCAAAACUUCCCGGUAUAGCAACCUUACCAAAUCCUGUGCCAAAAUCACCGAAACUUCCUUGUUUAGCAACUUUACCUCCAAAACCCUUUCCAAAGUUACCAGCAAAACCUCCGCCUAAACUUUUAAAGGCCUCUAAACUGAAAAGAUCUCCGUUAAUAGCCUCGCUUCCUCGAUUGCGACCUCUUAUUCCACCUCCACUUUUGCUGCCUCAUUUGAUUCCACCCGUUAUUCCUCGAUUGCCACUCCUUCCUAUUAUACCACCUAUAAUGCCUGUGCCUACUUUAUUGCCAUUCCUGCCACCUCCGUUGCUCAGAGCUCCGAGGCUGCCAACAUUGUCACCAUUUCACCCGCUUAAAUUACCGAUUAUCGGGAAAUCUCCACUGGAGAAAACAUUAGGGAUAUUCCGACGUAAGUCUAUCCUGAGGCGACCGUUUAGUUUGUUGUAAUGUAAGUUUACUUGGGAAAGCAGCGAUAUGGGAUGAAAAGCAAUUAUAACAAAUUUGAGGACCAAGCCUACAUUUAAACUAACAUUAUGGAUUAUAAUGAAAGUGACUUAAUAUACGCAAAAAAAAGAAGAAUUUAUGUCAAGUUUCAGGGUGACUAGUAAUAAAUUUAUAUUCAAAUUUAGAAUAGUUAUUUAAGCUUAUUUAAUUCCUAUGUAAUGUUAUUAUUUAACAUCAUUUAAUGUUUUAUAAACCAUUAUAAUAAUAACAUAAGGAUGGAUGGUGCAAUAAAUUGUUUCGCCUUUUUCUUUCAA